ACACACACACGCGCACGCACACACACGCGCACACACGUCACGCUUGAGCACAGCAGCAGUGGUGAUUACACUGAGCUGCAGAGCGACACAGCGGCUGGAAGAUAAUGAAAGAAACUCUGCAGAUUGUUGCGCUUUUUCUGGCUUUUUUCGGCGCUGUGACUGCGUUUAUCUCUUUACACCAUCACACGUGGAAAGUGUCCACUGACUACGGCAACGUCAUCAUCACCUCCAACAUCUUUGAAAACCUGUGGAUGUCCUGUGCUGAGGAUUCCACUGGCAUUUACGACUGCUGGUAUUUCUCAUCAUUACUGGCUUUACCAGGUUUUGUUCAGGCGUGUCGUGCACUCAUGAUCACCUCCAUCGUGUUGGGGAUGUUUGGUCUGAUCUUCACGCUGGUCGGUAUGCAGUGUUCCAAAAUCGGAGGAGAAAACUACAUAGUGAAGGGAAGAAUUGCCGUCCUGGGAGGAGUGUUUUUCAUCCUGCAGGGUUUGAGUACGAUGAUCGCUGUAUCGUGGUACGCCUUCAACAUCACACAGGAGUUCUUUGACCCGCUUUAUCCCGGAACAAAGUUUGAGAUAGGAGACGGUUUGUAUAUCGGAUGGUGUUCAGCUACACUCGCUCUGAUUAGUGGCUGCUGCUUACUGUGUGUGUGUGGAAAUGACAGCAAGGAGGAGAGAAUGUCCUAUCCGUUCCAGUCUCAGCGCAGAGGGACACCGUAUACAACCUCAGUCAUUUCCCAGCAGCCCAAUCAUUACGGCAGAAACGCAUAUGUGUAAACAUUCUUCAGGUUGCCGUGGCAACAAUAAAAAAUGAUCAACAAUG